UCAUAAUCAUAAUUAUAGUCAAUGUGUGCAAACACUCUACCUACACUCUACCUACUCUGCAGGAUGUCACGCCGCGGAUGCCGCGGAUAUCAAAUAAUUUUAAUAAAAUACCUACGCGUAUAAACGGCAAUCCACAUUCGAUCAAAUCCCGUUUGCGUAAUUACCUACAUAGAUUCGACCAAAGGUUAUCAAUCGAGAUAUAACGGCAUAAACACCUAAUUAAGUCAUGGCUAAGCAGUUAUCAAGUAAAACGUACCAAGUGCCGUAGUACGACGGUUUAUUUAUAUUAAUUUUUAUUAAUUAUAAAAUAUAUUUCAAUGGGUAAUUAUAAUAGAGUUGGUUUUUAUCUCUGCAUCUCUAUUUACAUCCUUGCAGUUUCAGCGAGACACGGAGAUAUAUAUAAUUUAGACGAAUCAUGGAUUUGUAAUAUCAAGAGAUCCUGUGUAGACUGUCUUCGGUUAUCUCAGUGCUCGUGGUGCCGUUCGGAGAAUAAAUGUUUCUCGGAAAAAUUGUCGAUAUAUAACUGCAAAGAAGAUAAAGUGCAACACGUUAAUUAUGGAUUGAGUUUGGAAGAAAACGCUAAGUGCGCAUGUGAUCCAGAAAAUGCCGAACAAAACUGCCGGCACCCGGAUGUGACGGACGUCAUUUGUUCUGGACGUGGAAUAUGCAUCUGCGGUAGAUGCUCUUGCAAUAUGAUGCCAGAUCCGAGCAAGACAAUCAUGGGGGAAUAUUGUGAAUACGACAACUAUUCGUGCAACGACACUAAAUGCAAUGAAGGCCCUUACAACAUCUACGAAUUACAGACUAACGAAGAAAACAUAAAACAUAACGGUGAUUAAACGGCUAAUAAACUGUUAUGAGAAAUAA